CUAGUCCCUUCGGCAGCUUCCUGCUCCCGCCCCGCCUCACCAUAGAGAUGACAGGCACGGCGUGGCCGCGGGGCCUGCCGGGAAGGGAGCGGCGUGCUGCGGCCUCGCAGCUAACCGGCCGGCGGCGGCGGACCUGAGCGAGCCUACUGCCCGCCGCCAUGUCGGGAGGGAGCAGCGCCGGCGAGUGGUGCCUCAUGGAGAGCGACCCGGGCGUCUUCACGGAGCUCAUCAAGGGCUUCGGUUGUAGAGGAGCACAAGUUGAAGAAAUAUGGAGCUUAGAACCAGAGAACUUUGAAAAAUUGAAGCCAGUACAUGGGCUCAUUUUCCUCUUCAAGUGGCAGCCUGGAGAGGAACCAGCAGGUUCUGUUGUUCAGGAUUCCAGACUGGAUACAAUUUUUUUUGCUAAACAGGUAAUUAAUAAUGCUUGUGCUACUCAAGCCAUAGUAAGUGUGCUGUUAAACUGUGCUCAUCAAGAUAUCCAUCUAGGAGAGACUCUGUCAGAGUUCAAAGAAUUUUCACAGAGCUUCGAUGCUGCGAUGAAAGGUUUGGCACUAAGCAACUCUGAAGUGAUUCGGCAAGUUCACAACAGUUUUGCCAGACAACAGAUGUUUGAAUUUGAUGCCAAGUCUUCAGCAAAAGAGGAAGAUGCAUUUCACUUUGUUAGCUAUGUUCCUGUUAAUGGAAGGCUGUAUGAACUAGAUGGCCUAAGGGAAGGACCAAUCGAUUUAGGUGCAUGCAAUCAAGAUGACUGGAUAAGUGCUGUACGGCCUGUAAUAGAGAAACGUAUCCAGAAGUACAGUGAAGGUGAGAUAAGAUUUAACUUGAUGGCUAUUGUGUCUGACAGGAAGAUGAUAUAUGAGCAGAGGAUUGCAGAAUUACAGCAGCAACUUGCAGAGGAGGAGCCUAUGGAUACAGAUCAAAGCAGUAAUGUGUUAAGUUCUAUACAGUCAGAAGUUGCAAAAUACCAGAUGUUAAUUGAAGAGGAGAACCAAAAAUUAAAAAGAUACAAGAUUGAAAAUAUUAGAAGAAAACAUAACUACCUGCCUUUCAUUAUGGAAUUAUUAAAGACUCUAGCAGAGCACCAACAAUUAAUACCAUUAGUAGAAAAAGCAAAAGAAAAACAGAAUGCCAAGAAAGUUCAGGAGGCCAAGUGAAGAUGACUUUGCAAAACACAUACAGUUAUUUGCUUCUGAAACUAUUUUCAUUACAACAAAUAAAAUGUUUCAUAACUUUGAAGGUUUUGUCCAGUGCACGUUUGACAGUUGUAACAAUUUGUCUUGUACUGUAUGCACGGGUCUGAUUUUCUUCCUUCCCCUGCAUCUUGUGCAUGUAGUACUGCUAAGUAAGGGUUUAGGUUCUCUUGGUCAAUUUCAGUAUUUAACAGUCUGCCUGAUUUCUGAAAGCUCGGUAAGUGGACCUCAAAAUAUGCAAGGAAAAUGUACCCAUUUCAUUGCACUUGAAUAGACAAUGAUGAGUGAUACAAAUGCAAGUUUUAAGUCAAAGCAUGAGCUUUCUUUGCUCAUCCCUACUAACAGCUCUAAUCCUAUCCAGUUGUUCAGUGGCAUACCCUCUGUUUAUAUGAAGUAUGUGUCUAAUUUUUUUACAAAUUGAAGAGUAUGAAUUCAGUUGUAGAAACAUUUGCAAAGACCAAUGUAUAAUCUCAAAGAUCUGCAUUGCUUUAGUAGAAAAGAUAAUAAAUAUUCCCGUUUUUAUUUUGGCA